CGCGCCAUCUAGAAUUCUAAGCGGUGAUUCUGUCAUUACGUUUACAGCGUUGAACAAUUGUAAAUAUGUCAUUAAUGAAGGUUAUAUGUUGUACGUAGCUUUAAAUAUGAGAAUCUGACUUUGAAGCCGAUUUCAUCUUAUUCCGUAGUUGAACAAUGCCGUUGGCCGCUUACCGAUUUUGAUCGCUUCCUUAUACCAUGAUGGGAAUAUUGUACGAGAAGAGGCCACUAAAACGGCCUAAAUUAGGGCCGCCUGACGUGUAUCCGCAGGAACCUAAACAAAAGGAAGAUGAACUUACUUCCACGAAUGUUAAACUCGGCUUUGCGACAAUGCCACAGAUGUCGGAGGAAUUUGGGACCGCCAGACACUGUAAUGUCACAGCUGCCAAAGUCGGGGCAUAUUUCAACGCGAUUCUAGCUAAAAAGGAAGAGUUAUCUACAAUGCCAGACACAGCAAGGAAACGACAACAGAUUAAUCCAAAAGAUAAUUUCUGGCCAGUGACUGCCAGAACGAAAAAUGGCAUCGAGGCAUGGUUUAAAGACUUGUCCGGGUGUAAGCCACUAAUAGCUCUAGCUAAGAAGGCACCAAAUUUCAACAAGAAGGAAGAGAUAUUCAUGAUGCUGUGCGAGUAUCAAGUACCGAUGCUCAGAGCAGCUUGGUUCAUUAAGCUUAGCUCUGCUUACACAGUGGCUGUUUCAGAAGCCAAGAUAAAAAAGAGGCAGUUACCUGAUCCGACUACGGAAUGGACGGGAACGCUUAUAAAAUUUUUGAAGGAUCAACUUACCAAACUGCAAGAAUAUUAUCAUAUAAAUAAUCAUACUAUAAGUAGUACUAGUAGUAAUAGUAUUUCGAACAAUUCUUGCAAUGGGAAUAAUGCUGGGAAUAAUAAUAAUAACAAUAGUAGCAAUAAUGUUAAUAAUAAUGCUAACAGCAACAACAACAACAACAACAACAAUAGUAAUAAUAAUAAUAAUAAUAAUGGAGUUGCUAAUAAUCAGCCAGUUACACCGAAUUCAAGUAGUCAAGCAACAACUGGAAACAUGAACGAGGAGCAUAAAUUAGCAUUAAAACAAUGGCAUUAUUGUAUACAAUUGGCAAAAUAUAUGUUUGAAGAAGGAUUAUUAGAUAGACAAGAGUUAUUACAAUGGAUUUUAGAAUUAUUAGACAAAAUUAAAUCUUCCCCUUCAGAAAAUGGUAUUCUGAAGCUUCUUUUGCCAUUAGCAUUACAAUAUUUAGAGGAAUUUGUGCAAUCUGAAUUAUUAGCCAGACGUUUGGCAUAUUUGUGUUGUCGCAAAUUGGCACAUAUGUGUAGUAAUAUAGAAACCAAUGGCAAUCCACAAAGUCCGUCCAUAAAUAAAAAUGAUGUUAAUGGUGGGAAAGACACUGUCAAUGCUAACCAAAUUCAAAAUCCAUUAACUGCUGCUUUUAAUGACUAUUUAUCUUGUCCACAUCACAGAGACGUGAUUUAUAGUUUAUCAACAAUAAUACAGGUUAUUACGUUAGAAUGUCCAACUGCAUUAGUGUGGAAUAGCGUUGGUGAAGGAAAAGCUCCGUCUGUGUUAAAUGGGUCUCCUUUAGAUUAUUUGUCAUGCCCUCCUACAGCUUUACCAUGUCCACCUGUGAGCAUAACUAAUCCUACAAUAAAACAACUGAAAAUCGCUCAAAAAAAUAUUCGAGCAAGAUCUCAAGCUGCUGAAGGAAAAUGGUCAUGCGACAAGUGGCAGCAAAGCAGUGCUGGAAUAACAACUACUAAAGUAUUGGCUGCUUUAGAUGCUCUAGAUCGGCAUAGUUUUGAUAGAAUGGAUUCUACCAAUUCGUUAGAUACUUUAUACGCUAAAAUAUUUACAUCACCUCCGAAAGAUAAUACUAACGAACGAGAUACGAAAACGGAGUAUAAUCCACAACAAGAUUCUGCGGUGGUUGAAAUUUUAUGUGAAUGGGCAGUAAGCGCCGAAAGGUGGGGAGAACAUAGAGCAAUGGCAGUUGCAAAGCUACUGGAGAAACGCCAGAGUGAAGUUACUGGCGAAACAAAUGAGAAUGAUGAUAAAGAUAGUAUUUGUAGUAAUGGAAAUCCACCAGUGCUUCCAAUUUUUCAAUCAUUACUUAUGAAAUUUUUGGACAUGGACGCCCCGGUACUAGAUAAUACAACAACUCAGUCAAAAAUUCAGUUUACGAAUUUGGUUCACUUAUUUUCAGAAUUAAUUAGACAUGAUGUAUUUUCACAUGAUGCAUACAUGUGUACACUCAUCUCAAGAGGAGAUCUUAUACAAGGUCCUGCAGCUAGCAAACCUGGAACUCCUAGUAAUCGAGAACCGAUCGACGAAGACAGUCUGUUCACUGGAAUAGAUUUAAAACCAACAAAAUUAGAAGUAUCAGAUCACGGACGAACGAUGGAUUACGAUGACAGUAAAAUUGAUGAUGAUUUGGACAAGUUAUUACAACAUAUCAAAGAGGAUCAACAAAAUAGCAUGGAUGCUCCCGACAGUCCUAAAGAAGAUGCACUAGCUGGGCAUGGGACUCAAGAAGGAUUAGAUUCCAAAAUGCCAUCAAGUCAUAGUAGACAUUUAUUAUAUACAAGACAUUUCCCAUUACCACAAGAUGAAACAUGCAGUCAACACGAUUGUAAUCAACGACAUGUAUUACUUUAUGGAGUAGGUCGUGUUAGAGACGAUGCUAGACAUAUUGUUAAAAAAAUGACGAAAGAAGUAUGUAAAUUGUUUGGAAAGAAAUUUAGUAUUGACGUUGCAGAAGGUGGCAAAGUGAAGAAACAUUCUCGAAACGAAUUCAAUUUUGAGGCGAUAACGUUGAAGUUUCAGAAUCUCAGUUAUUUUGAUCAACAUGUAGUGACGUGGCAAUGUGCGACACAAGUUAUAGAAAUGUUAAAUACAUUUGCAUUGGCCGGUUCGUCUUAUUUGCCCGUCCAGGAACAUGUAGCAUUUCUGUUUGAUUUAAUGGAGUUGGCACUAAAUAUAUACGGUCUGAUAGAUGUUUGCAUCCAAAUAUUAAAGGAGUUACCAGAAGUUGAAACACAGUUGGGACUUAGAAAUAGUCAGCUCGUUAGAAGCUACACUACGAGUUUAAGUCUAUAUGUUGUAGGAGUGUUAAGAAGAUAUCAUUGUUGUUUGUUGUUGUCUCCGGAACAAACAACGGCGGUAUUCGAUUUACUUUGUAAAGUUGUAAAGCAUGUAUCCAAUCCUAGCGACUGUAGUUCCGCUGAACGAUGCGUAUUGGCGCAUCUUUAUGAUUUAUAUUCGUCUUGUUCGUUAUUGAAAACAAAACCACAUGGAGUAGAAGCAUUUAGCAAUGCUUAUCCUAAAAUCCGAACGGCUCUUUAUAGUACAUUGCAACCAACAACAUCAAGCCAUGUGUACAAUUCACAAUUUAUGGUGGACGUUUUUACUAGUCCAAGACGCGGUGGGAAAAUCGAACCGCAGUGGGCCAGACAGUUAAACGAGACACCGGCGAAUCGUUAUAGUUUUGUUUGCAAUGCAAUAGUUGCAGUUUGUAGCGAAACAGAUAACGACAAAUUAAAUGAUAUUGCGAUAACAUGCGCGGAAUUAACAGCUUGUUGUAAUGCACUUAACGCCGAAUGGCUCGGAGUCCUUAUGGCACUUUGCUGUUCUUCUAAUAGCUCUGCCUUUUACAUUGAUGUGCUAAAUCAAGUUGAUGUACAAGACUUAAGCAUACAUAAUUCUCUGGCCGUAUUUACGUCAAUUUUAAUUGCAAGACACUGCUUCUCAUUGGAGGAUUUUGUUGUGCAUAUAGCAUUACCAUCUUUAGUUAAAGCUUGUAAUGAGGGUCGCGGAGACGCAGAUAUGGAAGCAGAAGCUGGAGCACGUUUAACUUGUCAUUUGCUUCUACGACUUUUUAAAACUGUUGAAUGUCCCCAACCAGCACUUUAUUCCGUGAGCACAAGUCCUCAUCCUCUACCAAAUGGAAAUUCCAGAGGUUACAGUAUAAAGUUAAGUUGUGAUAGACACUUGCUGGCAGCUGCUCACAAUAACAUCAGGGUCGGUCCGGUUUUAGCUGUACUGAAAGCUAUCCUAGUCGUCGCUGAUGCAACUGCUGGUAAACAACCGCCAAAGAAACCAGAUGUGCCAAUAAAUCAUUCGAAUAAAGCAGGAGGACCAGCUAGUGUUGGUGUCGGUGUCGGUGUAACUGCAGGUGGCCCAAGCGAAUUGUCUAUCAGCCAUAUCUUAGGUACCAGUGAUAUUUUAGGAGGUGGUGAUGAUUUGGGACUUGAUUUAGCAAUAUCUUCAUCUAGCAGCAGUGCUGGAAUGACCACAGAAAAUGUCAAAGGAUUGUCAGACUUUGCGCAACACGUCUUAAGACAAAUUUGUAGUCAAGAAUGGGUUUUAGAAAGAUGUUUACAAAACCCCGAGGAACUUUGUCAUCCCGAUAUGUUACUCGAUAACAUGUUGACACCACGUCAAGCUCAACGAUUACUUCACAUGAUCUGCUAUCCAGAGAUUUCUACAGAUGCAUUUAUUGACCAGAAGACUCAUAUAACAAACAUUUUGGAAAAUCUGGAGCAAUGGAGUUUAAGAAUGUCGUGGCUCGAUCUGCAACUAAUGUACAAGCAAUUUCCUCCCGGAUCAAACGAUCUUUCACAAUGGUUGGACACCGUUGCCAAAGCUGCAAUCGAUGUGUUUCAGUUGAAUACUAUGUCUAGUAAACCAGAUAAACGGUCUGGAUCGAUAUGGUUAGUUGCACCGCUCGUUUCAAAAUUACCAAGCGCAGUGCAAGGUCGAGUUUUAAAAGUAGCGGGCCAGGUAUUAGAAUCUGGUAAUUGGUCAAAAACAGCAACAGGUCGCGAGAGAAGUAGAUCGAAAUCACCGUCUCUGUUUAAUCAUCAGCCGUUCCUGUCAUUAGUACUAACUUGCCUCAAAGGUCAAGACGAUCAAAGAGAAGGCCUUCUGAUGUCUUUACAUUCGCAAUUAUCACAGUUCUUGAACAUUAGUAAAGAGGAGAAGAAUUUUGUUACCGAAGAUCCUAAGACGAGAGAGGUGUUGCAAGAUGCAUUGCAAUUGCGAUUUAGUCUUGUAGGUGGUGUCUUUGAUACUAUACAAAGAAAUACUACUGCUACCACAGACUGGGCUAUCUUGUUGGUUCAGCUGGUUAGCUAUGGUGUUAUAGAUUUAAAUAAUAAUUCUGGAUUGUUUACAACUGUCAUAGAUAUGUUAGCAACCUUAAUACAUUCUACUUUAGUUUCCGAUUCGCAAUCUGAGAAAGAUGAAAAUAAGAAACAUUAUCAAAAUUUAAUGAAAAAAUUGAAAAAAGAACUUGGCGAUAGAAAUUCUCCUAGUAUUCGAUAUGUCAGACAAUUGUUACCACUACCAAAAUUAACGAUGGAAGUAAUUACAUGUGAGCCAGUUGGGUGUUUGACGGAUACAAAAGGAAAUAAAAUAGCUGGUUUUGAUAGUAUUGAUAAGAAACAGGGUUUGCAAGUAUGUGAUUCUCAAAGGGUAUCUGCAUGGGAAGUAUUAGAAGGUCAUAAAAAUCCGGCACCAAUUUCCUGGGCUUGGUUCAGAGCAGUUAAAUUGGAACGUAAACCACUGACAUAUCAAAAUGCCCACAAGCUUUUACGAUACCAUACACACAGUCAAAUUAGACCUCCUAGCCAUUAUUUGGAUCCACCACCGUUACCUCCAGAAGAUUUAGAACCAGACAAAAAAGAAUCGGAACCUGGUAAAGCUGAUACACCAAUGAGUAUCGAUUCUCCUGGAAGAGUAACAGGUAGUGUCGGUAGUAGUGGAAUCAGUAAUACUAUUACUAAUGGUAAAGGGAAAGCUAUGAAAACACGAAGACAUAGAAGGAAUAAGGGAGCUACUACACCUACCACACCUGUUUCACAACAAAUUCAGCAACCACCAAGUCAACUACAACAAAUGCCAUUUGGAAAUCAGCAAGUACCUGUCAGUCAACAACCUGGAAUGUUUACUAAUCAACCACCGCAGCAUCAACAACCUUGGUAUACUAAUCAACAAACUCACGCACCAGCUCAGCAAUAUGCAUAUGGACAGCAAUUACCACCAACUCCAGUUGGGCCAAGAUACGAUAGACCAGGCAUGAACAACCAGUCAAAACAAGCGCUUUCUCAUAUGUUACGUUUGCGACUACCGUCCAAUCAGUUAAUAAGUUCCCAGCAGCAACCAAGUGCCGCACCUGUUGCUGGCCCUGGAGCAUUCCAAGGAAUGCAAAGACAACAAUUCAUUAGACAUCAAUUGAGAGCUCAACAUGGAGCUCCAAAUAUCAAUCCACAACAAGGAAUGUUUGCUUCACAACAACAGCAACAACAACCACAACAACAAGGAAUUUACACUGGAAUGCAACAAGCAGGAAUGAAUCAAAAUUAUGCAGGAUAUGGAGGCCAACAAAUGAUACCGCAGCAACAACAGCAAGCCCAGCAACAACAACAGGCACCUCAACAAGCCCAACAGCAACAACAGUUGCUACAGCAGCAGCAGCAGCAACAAGGUUUAAUGAAUCAACAACAAAACAUGAUGUUUACUAAUCAGCAACAAAUGAUGGGACCUCAAAGGGCGCAAGAAUAUAUACCACAACAACGUAUGCAACCUGGAGCUACAAGGCCACCAUACCUUCAGGCUCCAAAUGUCACAAUGAAUACAAUGGGUCCAAUGGGAGGAGGAGUUCAAAGUCAACCAGCGCCUCCGUAUCGGCAAACUAGUGGGAAACCUGGUACGGUUGGUGUAACGGGAGUAGGCACUACUAACGUUGGGUUACAACAAAAUCAACAAUUCCAACAGCAACAGACAAUAAACCAACAACGUAUGAGACAACAAAUGCUGGCAAUGCAACAGCAACAACAACAGGCACAGCAGCAGCAGCAAGCGCAGCAACAGCAACAACAACAACAAGGUAAUGCUGGUGGGCAACAGCCAACUCCGCAAUUGGUGACACAUUUACAACGGCACUUGAGUCAACCUCCGCAGCACUAUCAACAUCAGCCGCCGCCUUAUUAGUUUAAUCUGUAUAUAUUUAAUUGAUAUGUAUAAUUUCCAUAUAAGUAUGUAAAUUUGGACAAUUACAAUAAUUUAAUUUACAGUAUGAAUGUGUAAAGCGUGCCAUGGCAGAGGCAAUAAAGUGGAAAGAAUUUUAGAAAAGUA